CACUUACGUAAGGCAAUCGGCAAUCGUAUAAAAGAACUAGAUUUUUGCAUCUGUGCAUCAGUCGUUCAGUAUCAACGGAACUAAAAUUAACCAUCAAUCAUGAAAGUGAUCAUUGUUGCCCUCGCCUUUGUGGCCAUCGUAGCCGCUCUUCCAGUAGACGUGAAGGAACCCCUUAAAAUUUUACGCUCCGAUUUUGACCAACAGGCCGAUGGUGGAUACAAAUUCAAUUUCGAAACUGAGAAUGGCAUUGCCCGUGAUGAAGUUGGUGAAGUGAAGGAGGCUGUUGAUGAAGAAAACAAACCUCGCAUCGUUAUUGUAGUACGUGGCUCCUACAGUUACAAGAAUGUGGACGGCAAAGUGGAAAGUAUUAACUACUAUGCUGAUGAAAAUGGAUUCCAUGCGGAAGGUGACUCCAUCCCCAAACCCGUCUCCAGGAGAUAAUUGGUUAAUUCGAAUUCAUUUAACAAAUAACUAAUUUUAUGUUACAAUGUUGACUGUGCUUUGUGGUGUUUUAUUGAUAACAGAUAAGUGCAUUCUUGGUUCACAGUCGACACUGUCUUUAACGAUGACUGCCUCUUUUAUAUUUUUUGUUACAUUGACGUGAAUGCAAAGGAAUUAUAAAUAUUUUUUUGUAAUA